ACGGUAGCCGGAAGUGCGUGGCCGCCGGGGCCAUGGCGGCGCUCAGCGUCGUCUGCCUGCUGCUGGCCGUGGCAUUCUGGCGGCCAGUCUCGGCUUCAGGAGAGGAGUUCUGGCCUGGCCAGUCGGCGGCGGACAUCCUGUCGGGGGCGGCGUCCCGCAGGCGGUACCUUCUGUAUGAUGUCAACCCCCCAGAAGGCUUCAAUCUCCGCAGGGAUGUCUAUAUCCGAGUUGCAUCGCUGCUGAAGACGCUGCUGAAGACCGAGGAAUGGGUGCUUGUCCUGCCCCCGUGGGGCCGUCUGUAUCACUGGCAGAGCCCCGACAUCCAUCAGGUCCGGAUUCCCUGGUCCGAGUUUUUCGAUCUUCCGAGUCUCAAUAAAAACAUCCCCGUCAUUGAGUAUGAGCAGUUCAUUGCAGAGUCUGGUGGGCCCUUCAUCGACCAGGUAUACGUCCUGCAAGGUUACGCUGAGGGCUGGAAGGAGGGCACCUGGGAGGAGAAGGUGGACGAGCGGCCCUGCAUCGACCCUCUGCUCUACUCACAGGACAAGCAUGAAUAUUACAGAGGCUGGUUUUGGGGCUAUGAAGAAACACGGGGCCUCAAUGUCUCCUGCCUGUCUGUACAGGGCUCCGCUUCCAUCGUCGCGCCUGUACUUCUAAAGAACACUUCAGCACGGUCUGUGAUGUUGGACCGAGCCGAAAACCUGCUUCACGACCACUAUGGAGGCAGAGAGUACUGGGACACCCGGCGCAGCAUGGUGUUUGCAAAGCACUUGCGGGCCGUGGGGGACGAGUUCCGGAGCCAGCACCUCAACUCCACAGAUGCUGCUGACAAGAUGACCCUGGAGGAAGACUGGACGCGGAUGAAGGUCAAACUGGGCUCAGCACUCGGCGGCCCCUACCUCGGAGUCCACCUGAGGAGAAAGGACUUCAUCUGGGGCCACAGGGAGGACGUGCCCAGCCUGGAGGGUGCCGUGAAGAAGAUCCGCAGCCUCAUGAAGGCUCACCAGCUGGACAGGGUGUUCGUGGCCACAGACGCCAUCAGGAAGGGUUUUUUAUUGGCACCUCGGUUUCCACAUUUUCUUUUCGGAUUCAUGAAGAGAGAGAGAUCUUGGGGUUGGACCCCAAGACGACAUACAACCGGUUUUGUGGAGACCAGGAGAAAGCGUGUGAGCAGCCCACACACUGGAAGAUUGCAUACUGAGGGCCACCUACCUACCACCUGCCAGUCACUCGGUCACAAGGUCCCAGAGCCUGUGUUCCUUUGUGUUCAUGGGCCAACAUCUGCCUGUCUAGACCCUGCCACCUUCAGGACUCACAAACGUGUCUUCCGUCGGGACUCGAGAACCAUAUCCUCAUCACGGAUGUCACGUGUGCUAGUCCAGAAACGUGAGGAGUAAAUGCCAGCCCUGACAGGCCUUCCAGCCACUUUCCUGAGCAAGUUAAGGGUGGCCAGCGAGUGGCAACCCUCAGGUGUGGAUGCUAGCUCCUGAGAUGUGGGAUAACUCUGUCUACUGAGGUGGUCUCACGCGUGUCCCGUGUGAGCAGAUGCCAAGUUUUCGCCUCACCCUCCACCUGUGUGCUGCCCAGCUAAUUUCCCUGAAGUGGACGGGCUCAGGUACCGUUUUCACGGGGAAGUGGGAACCUCAGGACAGCCCACGAAUUGCCAGUGACUCCCUCACCUCACAUGGGUCCCCAGGCUUUGCACCCUGCUGAGAAGUAGAAUUGAGGUGACAAAUGACCUUCAGAAGGCCCCGUCUGAGACACACCACUGCUUUAUGAAACCCUUCCCAAGGCCUCACGCUGCACCACAGGCGCGGAGUCGGCACAGCCUUGGCCAGGGCACCCCAGGUCCUUGACCUGGUGACACCUCUUCCCCAGUGCUGUGCACUGAGCAGAACCCACUCAGCUCCUGCCCAGGCCUCCGUCCCAGCACCGAGGUAGACCCUGAGCACAGACAAGGUCCUGUGGUUCACUCGGCUGACCAGUAGAAUCAUGUAUUUAUUGUUUCCCAUUUGUACAUCCAAGUGUAUUAAUAAACUACUUUUUCAAGA